UGCGGUCUGGACUUCCGGGCUGGUCCUGCGGGCCUCGCCGCCCGCACCAUCCUUCGGCCCGUCCGCCUGCGGCGUUGUCCUGGCCGCCCGCGGACCUCGCCUCACCCGCCGCCAGCGCCGCGGCGGCCCGAGGGCCCGUGAGGAGCGCGCCGCGGGCCCGCGAUGGCCGCGCCGGGCUCUGUGACCUUUGAGGAUGUGGCUGUGACUUUCACCCAGGAGGAGUGGGGGCAGUUGGACCCAGCUCAGAGGACCUUGUACCAGGAGGUGAUGCUGGAAAACUGUGGACUCCUGGUCUCCCUGGGGUAUCCUAUUCCCAACCCUGAGCUGAUCUUCCAGCUGGAGCACGGGCAGCAGCUAUGGACGGUGAUGAUAGACCUCUACCAGAGCACCUGUCCAGGUGACAGUGGAAAACCUAAAGCCACCAAACCUACUACUUGUGAGCCAGCCUUGUCUGAGGGUGCCCCGCUCCAGGUACUGUUAACACAAGGGGCCGCAGGGUGCUCCCAGCUGGUGGAAGCCAGGGGUCAGGACGGGCCAUGUGCAGUGCAGGAGGGACUCUUGAGACCAGGCAUAGAACUGCAGGAGAAGCUUCCUGGGACAGUUACCCCUGGACAUGGUGGUUUAGGGGCAGCUGAGGACCCAGGUUCAAGGAUUGUACAGGAUGAGGAGGAAAAUAUCUUCAAAUGCAACGAAUGUGGGAAAGUGUUUAACAAGAAACACCUCCUUGCUGGACACGAGAAGAUCCACUCUGGAGUGAAGCCCUACGAGUGCACGGAGUGUGGGAAGACCUUCAUCAAGAGCACGCACCUCCUGCAGCACCAGAUGAUCCACACGGGGGAGAGGCCCUAUGAGUGCUUGGAGUGCGGGAAGGCCUUCAACCGCAGGUCCUACCUCACCCAGCACCAGCGCAUCCACAGCGGGGAGAAGCCGUACCAGUGCAGCGAGUGCGGAAGGGCCUUCACCCACCGCUCCAAUUUCGUCUUGCAUAGCAGGAGACACACUGGAGAGAAGUCCUUUGUGUGCGCUGAGUGCGGGCAGGUCUUCCGGCAUAGGGGAGGGUUCCUGAGACACUAUGUGGUCCACGGCGGGGAGAAUCCCUAUGAGUGUUUUGAGUGCGGCCAGGUCUUCAAGCACAGGUCGUACCUCCUGUGGCACCAGCAGACUCACACUGGGAAGGAGCCCUACGAGUGCAGCGAGUGUGGGAAGGCCUUCCUGGAGAGCGCGGCCCUGAUCCACCACUACGUCAUCCACACCGGGGAGAAGCCCUUCCAGUGCCUCGAGUGCGGGAAGGCCUUCAACCACAGGUCCUACCUCAAGAGGCACCAGCGCAUCCACACCGGAGAGAAGCCCUUUGUGUGUGGUGACUGUGGGAAGGCCUUCACCCACUGCUCCACGUACAUCGUGCAUAAAAGGGCCCACACUGGAGAAAAGCCCUUCGAGUGCAAGGAAUGUGGGAAAGCCUUCACCAACCGGAAGGACCUCAUUCGCCACUUCAGCAUCCACACCGGAGAGAAGCCCUACGAGUGUGUGCAGUGUGGGAAGGCCUUCGCCCGCAUGUCAGGCCUCACUCGGCACAAGCGGAUUCACAGUGGGGAGAAGCCUUUUGAAUGUAUGGAGUGUGGGAAAUCCUUCUGCUGGAGCACAAACCUCAUCCGGCACGCCAUCAUCCACACAGGGGAGAAGCCCUAUAAGUGCAGUGAGUGUGGAAAGGCCUUCAGCCGCAGCUCCUCCCUCACUCAGCACCAGAGAAUGCACACUGGGAGGCACCCGGUCGGUGUGGCAGAGGAGGGGCCGCCUUUCACACGCACUCAUACCUCCGUUACCCUCCGAGAACUCCUCAUGGGGAAAGACUUUUUGAAUGUAACCACCAAGGGAAAUCUAUUGCCGGAGGAAACAUCGUCCUCAGCGUCUGAUGGCUCAUACCAAAGAGAAACACCACAAGUGUCUUCACUAUGAGAAACGUUAUGUGUUAUCUGGAGACUCAGGUGGAAAUGGGCCCAGCCCAGAGCCUUAUUCUGAGUCCACCCAGGAGACACCUGGACAUAGGACAACCGUCAGCUAUACCUUCCUCCACGUUUACAGUGCUGUGUUUUCUCAGGAAUUAUUUUUAAAAGGAGGGGAUGUAGAAGAUGAUGAAACACAAACACAGGUCUUUUCAGACUUUCUGCCAAGCCUGUGGCACUUUAUCUUUAAUUUCUAGAUUAUCUGGGGCAAGGGGAGUGUAGUUUCAGAGGUCAAAGGCCUGACCCUUAAAGUGUGUCUUGUAUAUAUAUUUCUUGGUGUCCACUAUCGGAAAGUUAGUUGAGGGGAGGUCUGCAAACUCUCACUUUAUAUUUUCUGUAUUCCAUAAUGUUUCUUUACUCUUGAGGACCUUGACUUUAUGAGAAAUAAAGGGGCUUGGGCCAUUAAGUAAUUUGUAUUAAGGCAAUAAGAAUUCACAUAUGAAUCGUAUUUUCCAGUUAAGACUGUUUAAGGGUUGAGCCGGGUGCAGUGGCACUCAUACCUGUAAUCCCAGCAGCUCAGGAGACUGAGGCAGGAGGAUCAUGAGUUGAAAGCCAGCCUCAGCAACUUAGCAAGGCCCUAAGCAACGCAGCAAG